AUCCUGGCCGCGCGGGCGCGCGAGGGGCUGAGGCGGCGCCGGCGCGGGCGCGGAGCUGGCGAGAGGGCGGUGGAGGCGGCGCCGACGGGGCCCGCUGAGGCGCGCGGGGUGUCGGCGGCGCCCGGGAGCCUGUCGCGUGCGCGGUCCCUCCGGUUCGCUGGGUCCGGGCGGGAGCCCGCACGGUGGCAGGCAGUAUGUCGGUGGCGGGGCUGAAGAAGCAGUUCUACAAGGCGAGCCAGCUGGUCAGUGAGAAGGUCGGAGGGGCCGAAGGGACCAAGCUUGAUGAAGACUUCAAAGAGAUGGAGAAGAAGGUGGAUGUUACCAGCAAGGCUGUGACAGAAGUGCUGGCCAGAACCAUUGAGUACCUGCAGCCCAACCCAGCUUCACGGGCCAAGCUGACGAUGCUCAACACGGUGUCCAAGAUCCGAGGGCAGGUGAAGAACCCUGGCUACCCACAGUCAGAGGGCCUGCUGGGCGAGUGCAUGAUCCGCCACGGGAAGGAGCUGGGCGGCGAGUCCAACUUCGGGGAUGCCCUGCUGGACGCGGGGGAGUCCAUGAAGCGCCUGGCAGAGGUGAAGGAUUCUCUGGACAUAGAGGUCAAGCAGAACUUCAUCGACCCCCUACAGAACUUGUGUGACAAAGACCUGAAGGAGAUCCAGCACCACCUGAAGAAGCUGGAGGGCCGCCGCCUGGACUUCGACUACAAGAAGAAGCGACAGGGCAGGAUCCCUGACGAAGAGCUGCGCCAGGCCCUGGAGAAGUUUGAGGAGUCCAAGGAGGUGGCCGAGACCAGCAUGCACAACCUCCUGGAGACCGAUAUCGAGCAGGUGAGCCAGCUCUCCGCACUGGUGGAUGCCCAGCUGGACUACCACCGGCAGGCCGUGCAGAUCCUGGACGAGCUGGCCGACAAGCUCAAGCGAAGGAUGCGGGAAGCCUCCUCUCGUCCCAAGCGGGAAUACAAGCCCAAGCCUCGGGAGUCCUUCGACCUUGGGGAGCCUGAGCAGUCCAAUGGGGGCUUCCCCUGUGCCACGGCCCCCAAGAUCACACCUUCGUCAUCUUUCCGGUCUUCCGACAAGCCCAUCCGGACCCCUAGCAGGAGCAUGCCACCCCUGGACCAGCCGAGCUGCAAAGCGCUGUACGACUUCGAGCCUGAGAACGCCGGGGAGCUGGGCUUCCACGAGGGCGACGUCAUCACGCUGACCAACCAGAUCGAUGAGAACUGGUACGAGGGUAUGCUCCACGGCCAGUCGGGCUUCUUCCCCCUCAGCUACGUGGAGGUGCUGGUGCCCCUGCCACAGUGAGGGCGUCGGCCCGGUCCACACGGCCUGCAUCCCACCUGCGUCUGUGGCGCUCCUGGGGCUGGGGGUGGGGUGGGGAGGCAGGCCCCCCCUCGGGGGUCAGCAGGGGCGGGGGAGGCGGGGACCGCUGACAGUAGCGCUCACCCCCAGCCCCCUCUCCACGCAGCAGUCUGGGCCGGGGCUGCUCCCUGACUGCAUCUCCCCAGCCCCGCGCCCCGAGGGGGCGAACACUAAGGUGCUCUUAGAAACACUAACUUCCUCCCGCCCGUCCAGGAACGGGUAACUCCAGGUGGGCCCCCUCACUCACACACGCACACAUGUGUGUGCACACACACCCUGUCCUGUCCCUCCUUCGUCCCCUCUAUUCUGGGGCGGCCCCCACCCCCCAGGAGACCUGCCCUUAACAGGAUGAGCUGGAACAUCUGUGCCGCUGGGUGUUCUGAGCAGGACCCGCGGCCAAGACUCGCCACCCCUGCUUUUAAAUUUCCCCACAGCACUCCUUCCCAGCCCCAACUCCAGGCCUCCCCAGGCCCCGGCACACCCGGGAUGCCACCUCCCUGGGGAGACACAAUCCUGGGGUCCUCAGGGUUCCCCUAAAGACCGGCCCUUCCCUGAGCAGCCUUGGAGUGGCUGUCCUCUCCCUCCCGCAGGGCACUCAGCCCUGCACGCCGGUGCCCUCCCCCCGUCCUGCACCCUCUCCUCAGUUCCCCGUGUAGGGUGCCCCACCCCAGACAAGCACACAGACGUUCUUCUCGGGCACGAGCUGCCACCACCAGCUGUGCACGCAGCACACCCGUGUGCCCCCGCAGACGGGACCACAGGAGUCUUGCAGCCUCUGCUCUGCUGAAGGUCCAGUACACAGGCUUUGAGGCAUCUUCCCAGACCCCUGGCUGCUGGGACUACCCUCAAGAGAGGGUCACAGGCGCCUCCCCCUCCUGAGCCGGCCGCUGUGCCCGCAGCUGACAGUGGCCCCAAGCAGGCAGCUGCCCUGACCAGCAGGGCCCAGCCCUGCAUCCACUUGCUCUCUUGCCUCGUCCAAAAAUUGGCUCAACUGGGGGACUUCGGGACUGGAUCACAUUCCCCCCUCCUCUGAGGACUCAGCAAAGCCCUAGGGACACCAAGCUCUGCUCCUGCCUGAGCCUCCCCCCCCACCAUUGCCAUUCCGGGGGGGAGGCACCGACCUCCCAGCAAAGAAUGAGCAGCGUAGCCUUGGUCACAAUCAAGGGCAGAUCAAAAUGUAAUCCUGAUUUUUUUAAAAAAAGUAUUAAAGGUCUCUUUCUAGA